AUGGGGCACUUCGUCGGUGUGCGUCGGCUCCGGCGCCGGCGUCUUCUUCGUGCACUUGGGUCUUUCCGUGGACGCGAUAGAUGCAUCCGGUGUCGUAGGGUGCGUAGUCUCGGACGUUGGAGUCGUCGGUGCAGUUGGUGUUGGGGUCGCGCCGACGUGCGAUGGCGGGCGUGGCAUCUCGGUGCACGGCGUCGGCGUCUUUGUUUUUGUCGAACAGAUCUUCCGCGUUGGCAUCGGCGUCGGAGGCACAGUGGCUGGUGCUGGGGUCUUUGGAGAGCACUUCUUGUGUGUCGUCGUAUUGGUCGGCACGGGUGUGGGUGUCUUGGGCACGCAGCGAUGUUUCGGCGGCACGGGUGUCGUUCUGUUCGUGAGCACUGA